GGUGUCCGAGGAUGGCAGCAAACAGGGCCCUGCCUGCUGGCUUUGGGGAACUUGAGGUGCUGGCUGUGGGGACAGUGCUGUUGAUAGAAGCGCUCUCUGGCCUCAGCCUCAAUGGCCUGACCAUCUUCUCUUUCUGCAAGACUCCAGAUCUGCAGACUCCCAGCAACCUGUUGGUACUGAGCUUGGCCCUGGCAGACAGUGGGAUCAGCCUGAAUGCCCUUGUUGCAGCUGUAUCCAGCCUCCUCCGGGAGACAGUUGGCAUGGAACACGGCCAUCCCACUGGUGCUGUUUGUGUGGCUAUCAUCCGCCUUCUGGGCAUCCCUGCCACUGAUGGGCUGGGGCCACUAUGACUAUGAGCCUUUGGGGACAUGCUGUACAUUGGACUAUUCUAGAGGUGACAGAAACGAAAUCAGUUUCCUCUUCACCAUGGCCUUUUUCAACUUCCUGGUACCCCUCUUCAUCACGCUCACUUCGUACCGGCUCAUGGAACACAAACUCUCCAGGAGCGGUCAUCUUCCGGUGAACACCACUCUGCCAGGCAGGAUGCUGCUGCUGGGCUGGGGCCCCUAUGCCCUCCUGUACCUAUAUGCAACCGUCGCAGAUGUGGGCUUCAUCUCUCCCAAGCUACAGAUGGUGCCUGCCCUCAUUGCCAAAACCAUGCCCACCGUCAACGCCAUCAACUAUGCCUUGCCCAGUGAGAUGAUCUACAGAGGAAUCUGGCAGUGCCUGUCUCCACAGAAGAGCAAGCAGAACUGAACCCAGUGCGAUUCUUCAAGGCGCUGCUCACAGUCAAGCCUACCUCUGCAAGCCUGGGCUGAGACCCUAGCAGGAAGAUGCCCUAGCACACUUCCCAGCAGCCCCAGAGACAUGCUGACCCUUAUCCAGCAGCC